GUUGCAAUGCAGCUGGGGCUGGGUUUGUGGUGGCAUCUAGUGAGUAUACACUGGAUGAGAUUGGAGACUUAGUUUAUCCUAACCCUGCUUUUCGACAACUUAUUGUCCAGACUUUGGAUGAUGAUACCUUAUUGUCGCAACAAAAUGGUCAGCCUCUUUGCGUUCUCCAGGUGACAACAUUCAAGUGUGGUGGCUUUUCAAUGGGAACAUCAACCAAUCAUUCUACAUUUGACGGAAUAAGCUUCAAAAUCUUUUUAGAAAACCUAGCUUCCCAAGCUGCUGACAAACCCCUAGCAAUACCCCCAUGCCAUGAUCGUCAUCUCCUAGCCGCUAGAUCUCCGCCACGUGUCACGUUCCCCCAUCCGGAGCUAGUGAAAGUCAAAAUCCCAAUAGGUCAGGAGAAGGAGGACCACCAAAGCCCACCAGUCUUUGUUUGUUCACAGGAGGAUCUUGACUUUGAAAUUUUCUGGCUGAGCUCCGGGGAUGUCGCUUCCCUAAAGGAAAAGGCGAGGAAAGACAACAGUGCAAGUGAUCGUGGUCAUCAUAGCAAAGCCAAAAUUACCAGCUUUAAUGUAGUGACAGCGCACAUAUGGCGAUGCAAGGCCUUGUCAUGUGACACAAAUGAUCUUGAUAGGCUGUCAACUGUCUUGUAUGCUGUAGAUAUACGGUCAAGAUUGUCUCCGCCACUACCGCAGUCAUUCGCAGGAAAUGCAGUGCUGACGGCCUAUGCGACUGCGCAGUGCAGAGAGCUAGAAGAAGGACCAUUCUCAAGGUUGGUGGAAAUGGUGUCGGAAGGGGCAGCAAGGAUAACAGAUGAGUAUGCAAGGUCUGCAAUAGACUGGGGAGAGCUGUACAAAGGGUUUCCACAUGGGGAGUUCUUGGUGUCUUCAUGGUGGAGAUUAGGGUUUGCUCAAGUGGAGUAUCCAUGGGGUAAGCCAAGGUAUAGCUGCCCUGUGGUGUACCAUAGGAAGGACAUUAUUUUGCUCUUCCCUGGCAUUCAUGAUGGGAUUAAUAAUGAUGGAGUCAAUGUUUUGGUUGCUCUACCUGCCAAGGAGAUGGAGAAUUUCAAAACCCUAUUUCAUAAGUUCUUGGCAUGAGUGUGUGUGUGUGUGUGUGUGUGUCUGUGUCUGUGUUGUUAAUAUACUGGUUAUGUGUGUUAUGCAUGCAUUGACUUCAAUGCUCCAUAUAAGGAAUGGUCUGUAUUGUAUUGAUAAUUGUAUCCUAUAUCUAAAGCUGGUCAUUAUUUAAUGCUUGUAUGAAUACAAAUGUAUGAUUGAGAUUUGUGUACCUACUAGUUUAA